AUGAACGCAACGACGUCAGUCAAGCAGCCUGCUGUGUUUGUGGCCCACGGUGGGGGACCGCUGCCUCUGUUGGGCCAUCCUGGGCACGCAGGUCUCACCAAGUGGCUGCAGAGAUACUCGGCCUCUCUGCAUGCUCAGCCCAAGGCCAUCCUGGUUAUUUCAGCCCACUGGGAGGAGGCAAAUCCUACCCUGACAAGCGGCACUGCGCCAGAGCUCAUCUAUGAUUACUACGGCUUCCCACCAGAGUCUUACCAGAUAAAAUACCCGGCCCCUGGCUCAGCCAAUUUGGCGCAGCGUGCUGCCGGCCUUCUAAGAGAGGCGGGCUUUGCGCCAAAGCUGGACGCGAAGCGCGGAUUUGACCACGGCACCUUUGUGCCGCUGAAGCUGGCGUUCCCUGCUGCAGACAUCCCUGUCGUCCAGCUGUCAAUGCUGUCCUCGCUCAACCCUCAGGAGCACAUGCGCAUGGGGCAGGCGAUAAGCGCGCUGCGGGACGAGGGCGUGCUGCUGUUUGGGUCGGGAAUGUCUUUCCACAACAUGCGCGGCUUCGCCCGCGGCGGCGGCGUCAGCGCCGCACUGGCCGCCAGCAAGGCGCGCAACUGGCACAAUUGCUGCGAGUUUGACACAUAUCUCCAUGACGCACUGACUAACUCACAGCACAGCGCAGCGCAGCGGCAGGGGCUCAUGGAGCACUGGGAAGAGGCGCCCAGCGCCAGAGAGUGCCAUCCUCGGGAGGAACACCUGCUGCCGCUGCAUGUGAUUGCCGGGGCUGCCAAUGGUCCCGGAAGGGUGGUGUUUGACGAUGAGCUGAUGGGCAUCAAAGUGUCCUCCUUCCAGUUUGAUGGGUAG